AACUUUGAUCACAAGCAAUAAAUAGCCUACAUCUCGUGGUCGCUGACAUUCUAUGGAAAAUGUGAUUGCAGGUGCAGGCCUGGAUGUAGGCUUCACUCUGAUCUCCCCUAGCGGAUACAAGCUGGCCUCUGAGUUCAGGACAUCUGACGGCAUCCACACGGUGGAGCCUACAGAGGAUGGAGACUACCGGCUGUGUUUUGACAACAGCUUCAGUAAGCUGUCUGAGAAGAUGGUGUUCUUUGAGGUGAUCGUUGAUGGCCAGACUGGGGACGCCUGGGGGGACGAAGAGUGGGCUGACAUGGCCGAGCCGGAGAGCAUGGUGGAGUACAAACUGGAAGACAUCAGGGAGACCAUGGACUCAGUGCACAGGCACCUGGAGCGGAGCCGUCAAGUUCAGACCAUGCUGAGGGCCUUCGAGGCCCGGGACCGCUACCUACUGGAGGACAACCUGUGGAGGGUCUCCUUCUGGUCCUCCAUGAGCCUCCUGGUCAUCCUGACCGUGGCCGUCACACAGGUCUACACCCUCCGACGCCUCUUCGACGACAAGAAGAGGGUCUGCAAACCCUAGUGUCCAGUGUCAUCUUCCAUCACCCCCACACCCAUCCCAGUGGUAUCUUCCACCAUCCCCACACCAUUCCCAGUGGUAUCUUCCAGCAGACCCACACCCUUCCCUGUGAUAUUUUCCACCACGCCCCACAUCAUGCCCAGUGGUAUCUUCCAGCAGACUCACACCCGGCCCAAUAGUAUCUUCCACCACCUCCACACUCUUCCCAGUGGUAUCUUCCUCAAAGAUGCCAUAGAAGGGUGUUGGGACUAACAGGACCCUACUGUAAAAUAAUGGUCUCAGAGAUUGAAGAAGAGAGAGACUAUUGACAACAGUGAUGUGUGGUAAAUUAGUGACUGUUAGCAAGGAUUUAGUGAUGUUUGUGUGUGAUGAACUUGAUUCAGCUUUUGAGUGGCAGAAAAGGGCAUGUUUGUAUGUGAGUCAUGAACACUGUAUAAUGAUGUUUUGACAAUUUAGUGUCAAUCUACGAAACAAGAAACCAAUGCAAUAAUAGACCAUGUGGUUGUAUGUUUUUAACAUGGGAUCUUAAGAGUGACAUUAAAAAGGUUAUUUAUUUAA